AUGAUUGAAAUAGAAGUUAAGAUACCGUUCAAUGAUAGAAUAAGGAAUCAGCUAUUACAAUACAAAGUUGAAACUAUUGGAGAACAAUCAUUUACAGAUGUUUACUAUGAAGAUGAAAACUAUAGUUUGACCACCAGAAACAUCUGGUUAAGACAAAGAAAUGAUAUAUGGGAGUUGAAAUUACCAAGAUCAUUAUCAUUUAAUAAUAAUCAGCAAAUACAACAACAAAAUAAUGAUGUCAGAGCAUAUAAAGAAGUAUUCGAGUUGAAAGAUCUAUACAUUGAACUAUCUAGUGUAUUGAUCGAUCAAAAAAUAAUUGACCAAUGCUUUUCAUCAAUGACUCAUUUGAACAAAAAUAAGAGAAUAAAUGAUCUACUAACCCCUGAUCAAUGCAUGUUAGGUACUGUCUUUUUAUUUAGAGAGUUAAUUGAUAAUUCCACUAAAUAUACAAAAGAUUAUCAAUCAUAUAUCACCGUUCGGGGUAAUAGCAACAAGAAUACAGCAAAAGAAAUUUUUAAAAAGAUUGACCUUUUAGUUUAUUGUAAACAAUCAUUCAUAUUCAAUUUCGAAAUCGAUUUCCAUUCAAAUUUAGAAUUGGAAUAA